UUUCCCCGAUUCAAUCAAGAUCCCAAUCAUCACCACUCUCUUCUUCAUACGCCCAAAGCUACAAACAACAAUGGCCGCAGAUCCCAACCCUAACAAAUUCCCCGUCCUCUCCUACGUCCUGGCUCGUCUCCCUUCCUUCACCGGCACCAAAUCCUCCUCCCCUUCAUCCUCCUCCUCCGCUCCCGCCUUCGAUGUCGAGCAGCCACCACCGUCAUCGAUCGAGAUCGUCACCCAGAUGCCUCACCUGGCACGCCCGUCCGUCCUCGCCUCCAUGACCAAAUCCAUCUCCGACGUGGCCCAGACCCGAUCCGUCCUCCGCACCCUAGGCCCCAGACCCGAUCACGAGACCGUCGACAAGGCGCGCGUCAAGCUCUCGGAGAUCGAGAGGGUUUCAUCCGAAUCGGUUAGCGAGGAGGGAGAGGAUAAGAAGAGGGAAGAAGAGAUGGGGAAGGAGAAGACGUGGUGCGAGUCGAUUCUGAAACUGGAAGAGGUUCACGACUCGUACGAGAAGCUGUUGAAGGAGGCGGAGGAGAGGCUGGUGAGGAUUUACGAGUCCGUCGAGAAGGAUGAUGAGGAUGGCGUUGCGGCGGUGGCUGCGGAGGUGGAGGUUAAUGAGGAGGUUGUGGGGAUACUUCAGCACGCGUUGGGUAAUCAGGUGGAGCGUGUGGAUUUGUCUGGGAGGAAGCUGAGGUUGCUACCUGAAGCGUUUGGGAGGAUCCAAGGGUUGCUUCUUCUUGAUCUCUCCAACAAUCAGCUCCAGGCUAUUCCUGAUUCAAUAGCGGGAUUACAUGGUCUUGUUGAAUUAAAUGUCUCCGGUAAUGUUCUGGAGACAUUACCAGACUCUAUCGGUCUACUCUCCAAACUGAAAAUUCUGAAUGUCUCCACUAACAAGCUCACCACCUUGCCUGAUUCCAUCUGCCGUUGUGGGUCGUUGGUUAUCUUGGACGUGAGCUUCAACCGUCUCACCUACUUACCAACCAACAUCGGGUCCGAGCUAGUGAAUCUAGAGAAGCUCAUGAUCCAAUACAACAAGAUCCGUUCCUUCCCGAGCAGUAUAGGCGAAAUGAGAUCCCUGACAUACCUCGACGCCCACUUCAACGAACUGCAAGGCCUCCCUGAUUCCUUCUGCUUGCUCACAAACCUCGAGUACUUAAACCUGAGCAGCAACUUCAGCGAUCUCAGCGAGCUCCCUGCUUCGUUCGGCGACCUCAUAAAUCUCCAAGAACUCGACUUGAGCAACAACCAGAUCCACGCCCUCCCGGACACUUUUGGGACGCUAGAAAGCCUGGUCAAGUUGAAUGUGAGCCAGAACCCGCUCGUGGUCCCACCGGAGGAAGUGGUGAAGGAAGGUGUUGAACUGGUGAAGAUGUUUAUGGGUAAGAGAAGGAUACUCAUGUUGGAAGACGAGGAGAAGAGGAGGACGGAGGAGGAGAUGGAGGAGGCAAACGCUGGGUGGCUCACGAGGACAACGUCCAAGCUGAAAACCUAUGUCUCAGAUGUUUCAGAGUAUCUGGGAUCGAACUCUCCUCGAGACUCUUACCUUGAGCAGAAGCUAUGAGUGUGUGUGUGACUUUUGACUUGAAUAAUAACUCUUUGAUUCCAAAGAGAUGGGUGCCUCUCCUUUCGGUUAACUCUGUCCCCCCUUUUCUUUCUUCUCAUUAGAGUAUAUUAAUGAAGGACACUCUUUACUUUGUUGUCCGUUUUGAUUCUUUCUGAUGGGUUAUGCCUGUCUGUCAUUUAACUUUAGGUUCAUACUUUAGAAUCAAACCUUCUCGGAUUUUUGCCCAUGUUUUUUUGUGGGUUAAUAAUAAAAAGCUCUGAAAGGAGUUUAACUGA